AAGGUCAAGAAAAUGCAACCCCCAACUCAAUCAGCAUGCAUACAGAGUCAGCUCAGUCCCCAUUCUGAUGAUGGCCGCUUUGGCCGCCAAACAACACAAAGUCACAAAAUCAAAACAAACAACACUUCCUCCUCUGCUCACCUUCUAUGACCCUUUCCCUCUUCUCUAUUCUCCUUGGUUUCUGUUCUCACCUAUUUAUUUUCUCAACUUUCUCUCUUUUGCAUUCGCUGAAAAGAAAGAAAAAAGGUAAAGACUUUCUCUGUUUCUUUUGCUGUGUAAAAAAAAAACCAUUUUGAAGAAGAGAAAAGGGUGUCUUAAAAUCUUGAUAUUUUAUAAAAAUGGGAAGCAAAUGGGCUAAAGUGAAGCUGGCCUUAGGUUUGAAUCUUUGUACUUAUAUUCCAAGAACACUUGAUAAUGAUGAUGAAGAUGAUAGUUCUCCCUCUGUUUCUGAGCCUGAGAAGAACUCCGGCGCCGCCCUUAUCUCGCCGGCGACGGCUGACAUCCAACGUGCUCCUCCGGCCACGGUGCCUCAUGGGUCGAAGUUGUCCAAGAGCUUUAGUAGGUCUUCUAAGAGAACGUGCUCUAUAUGUUUGGCUUCAAUGAAGCGAGGGGAUGGUCAUGCGAUAUUUACUGCUGAAUGUUCACAUUCAUUUCACUUCCAGUGUAUUGUUUCAAAUGUAAAACAUGGAAACCAAAUUUGCCCAGUAUGCAGGGCAAAAUGGAAAGAAAUCCCUGUUCAUUUUCUCAGCCUGGAUACUCCCCUUGGGAGGGCUAGAAUCAAUCCUGUAGGCUGGCCCCAAAAUAAUGCGUUAACGACAGUAACACAUCGUCCACCAGUAAGUCGUCCAACCCCCAAUCGGCAUAUUUCACCAUUAUUUCAGGCUCCCGAGCCUGCCAUCUUUAAUGAUGAUGAACCUGUGGGUCAACAAGUUGAUUCUACUGACAAAAGUGCUUUACAUGAGAGUUCAAUAGACAUUUGUGACAGUAGAGCUGUAAAGAUUGAAACUUUUCCAGAGGUUCCCGCUGUCCCAAGGUCUAUACCUACAAAUAAUUUCUCUGUAUUAGUUCAUCUCAAAGCUCCUGGUUCAGUUUCGGUUCAAGAUCCCUGCAGAAACGAGGCUAGUUUGCCCAAAGUAUCCCACACGCCUCGUGCCCCUGUUGACCUUGUGACAGUUAUUGAUGUAAGUGGAAGUAUGGCUGGCACCAAACUUGCACUACUAAAACGGGCUAUGGGUUUUGUGAUACAGAAUCUUGGUCCCAGUGAUAGAUUG